AUGGACAGGAAGUCAAACUACAACAAAACCACAGAACUAAAGUCUCGCAGCUACAGGCUCGCAGCUACAGACUCGCAGGUCCAGGCUCGCAGGUCCAGGCUCGCAGCUACAGACUCGCAGGUCCAGACUCGCAGGUCCAGACUCGCAGGUCCAGACUCGCAGGUCCAGACUCGCAGGUCCAGACUCGCAGGUCCAGACUCGCAGCUACAGGCUCGCAGCUACAGACUCGCAGGUCCAGACUCGCAGGUCCAGACUCGCAGGUCCGGGCUCGCAGGUCCAGGCUCGCAGGUCCAGGCUCGCAGGUCCAGACUCGCAGGUCCAGGCUCGCAGGUCCAGGCUCGCAGGUCCAGGCUCGCAGGUCCAGGCUCGCAGGUCCAUGCUCGCAGGUCCAGGCUCGCAGGUCCAGACUCGCAGGUCCGGGCUCGCAGGUCCAGGCUCGCAGGUCCAGGCUCGCAGGUCCAGACUCGCAGGUCCAGGCUCGCAGGUCCAGACUCGCAGGUCCAGGCUCUCACAGCGGGAUCCGGGCCGGCUCCACCAACCACGGGUCACAGGCGCCACAGCCAAUCACCAAAUGGCACCUAA